AAUUAUAGCGUUUUAUUUCAUAUUUUAUAAAUUUGUAUUCAUUUUACACUGAAUUUAGUUUAUUUUCAUUCAAAUUGUCAUCAAUUUCUCAAUUAUUUAUUUAAUUGAAUACAAAUUGACUGACAUUUCGGACAACAUAUCCAUUGAAUAGAUGUUUGAAUUAUUAGUGCAUUUAUAGCACUAAUCGACGGCUAAAUUGCAUUUAAUUGAAUUUUUUGGUAUCAAUUGAUUGGCAAAACAGUGACACAAAUGACAAUUCACUGAAAUUGUUCGCAACUUUUGUAUUCAUUUAUUGAAUUGUCUGCGAAUUUGGUGUCAAAACAUUGGAUCUAAUGGCGAAUAAAGUGGGCUUUUGGUGGUCGGAGAAGAAGUGUCUGAAGAUUAAUGUCAAUGAAUUGGAGGACAAUUUUAGGGCUCGAGGCUAUGAAUUGAUCAAGAUCGAUUUGGACUCUCCAAUUGAACCUCAGGGUCCUUUCAGUGCCAUUAUUCAUAAGUUGUCUGAUGUUAUGGUUAAAGCCCAACAGUCGGACCAAUUGGCUCUCAAACAGAUCCAACACUUUGAGGAUUAUGUGGACAAACAUCCAGAGGUUGUAAUUUUGGAUCCGUUAGAGAACGUACGCAAACUGUUGGACAGAUAUCGUCAAUACAAACUUAUCGAUGACAGCGAACUCGCGCGCGAAGACGGAGUCUUUACGCCUACUUUUGUCGAACUGAAGACAAAUGAUGUGAACGAGAACUUAGAGAAGUUGAAGGCAGCGGCUGUCAGUUUCCCAUUCGUUUGCAAACCACUGGUGGCUCACGGAUCCAGUUAUGCUCACCAGAUGUCAUUAAUAUUUGGCGCAUCUGGUCUUAAGACAAUAAGCCCGCCCUGUGUUGCCCAGUCUUUUAUCAAUCAUAACGCGCGGCUCUUUAAGCUGUUUCUGAUUCGGGAUAACUAUUACGUAAUCGAGAGACCAUCGCUCAAGAACUUCAAAUACGGAGACAUCGAUUGUGAGCCCGUAUUCUUCGACAGCCACGACAUCUCGAAGCCGACGUCGUGUUGCGCUUUGACUGAAUUGGACCGAAACGACGACACGUGUCAACCCAUACGCGAUCCCGAAAAGGAAAGACUCGACCGAAUUGUAAAAGUGGUUUCAGACAAAUUGGGUCUCUAUUUGCUCGGAAUAGAUGUCAUUAUAGACAAUAAGACGGGUCGAUAUGCCAUCAUCGAUAUGAAUGCAUUUCCAGGUUAUGACGGCGUCGACUCUUUCCUACAAACUCUAUGCGAUAUAACGGUUGAAGAGAUCGACAAUAAGAGGAAAGGGAUGCGAAAGACAAACGAAAUAAACGAAUUAAGUGCCAGAAGUGACGGAACCGAUACUUCGCAGAUAACGUGCCUUUCAUUGCAAUCAAUGGUGAAAAGCGAUGACAACAAGGAUUGCACGAAACAAACCAAACAUCCAGUGAUUGUGCCGACGAUUGAGGACAAGAAGAAGUGGACCGAAACGAGCGACAAGUCUGUGAUCCAGAGUUUGCCACAAAACGGUACAAACGAUUUCGAUUCGGGAAUCGAUACGUCCGACUCUUGCGAUGAAAACAAAUGCAAAAAACAAUUGCCAGUAAAGACUGUGCGGAGACAACACUCCAGGAGUUUCACCUAUUCCUCCACUACAAGACCAGAUGAACUCAAUUCCAUUUAAAACAAUACCAUUUGAUUAUAACUUUUCUAUUAUUAUUUAAUCCAAACAUUUGUAUUGAAAAAUAAAAUGCUAUUAAUUAUUAUAA